AUGAGAGUUGCUGAUCAGCAUUCUCGAUGCAUUAAUAAUCGAUCUCACCCACGUUCCUGUACUUCGGAAUGUAGACAACGUGACAAGGAUCUGGAAGAAGCUCGUUCACGUGCUACUCAACUUGAAAAAACGAUGAGAUGGUGGUCAGAUUGUACAGCUAGCUGGAGAGAAAAAUGGGCAUCAUUACGUGACGAGAGAAAUUAUCUACGAGAGAAAUUGAGUUCAACACAAAAAUCUUUAGAUGAUGCAACGGAAAUUAUAGAGACGUUAAAAUUGGAAAAACAACAAUUACUUGAAGAUUUUUAUCCAUCGAAUAAUCAACUUCAUAAAUAUAAUUCUAUUUCAACUAUGAAAUCUACCAUUAAUCCAAUUUGUUCAAUGAAACAAGAAACUAGUCAAUCAGGAAUAACAGAAUCGAAUGCAGAUCAAGAUAUGUGCGGGUUUUACUCUAAAAUCAAUUGCCAAGAGAUUUGUACAGUAAUAGCACAAUUACUGGAAUUGUAUUCAACAAUCCGUUGGUGGAAGAAUCAAUGUAUGAAUUUAGAACAGGAGAUUCGCCAUCUGUUUGAAUCGAAUACUAAACAUUGGUCAAAGUGUAAAAUUUUAUCGCAUAAAAAUUUUCUACUUUUGCAAGAAAAUGAUCUUUUAAGAAAAGAAAUUUCUAAUCUAUGGUGUAUUCGAGAUAAUCAACAUGAUGAACGCACUGAUCCGAUUUCUUGUACAAAUAAUUAUGGACCACAAGCAUCAAAUGAAAAUAUUGAGUGUGGUACAUGCAAACAAAAUAUUGAAAAUAGAGAAACAUCAGUCGAGGAUUUAUUAUUACAAUUAUCUGAAAGAGAUUGUCAGCUAGAUUUAUUACAGCGUCGUUUAUCUUUUAUGUUACACGAACGUAGUGUACUUUGUCAUCAAUUAGAAGAAAUGAGUAUAGGAAAAGAUAAAUCUGAAUAUAAAACAUAUCUUACUGCCAAGAACAUAAAAACGCAUCUCAUUGAGGAUAUUGAAACAUUAAAAGAUGAUUAUUCAAAAUACUCUCAUAGAACUGAAUUAGAUUCAAACUGCGAAACAGAAUUCACCUCUGAGGUACCUAAAAGCGUCAUCACAAAUAUAUUAAAUGAUAAAUUAGAAACAAUAUCACCAUCUGAUGAGUUCACAUUUAUGAGUAAUAAAAUUACUGAAUUGCGAAGUGAUGCGACUGAUGGAUCAUGAAAUCCACACAUAAACACUUACACUUUUUGUAUUUAGUAGAAAACUCAACAUCCAUAAAGUAUGCAGAAUUGAUAGCUCUUCUUUUGUUUCAAAUAUGUUCAAGUAUUUUACAUUGAUGUGUGUAUACAACGAGUCGUUGAAGAAAUACAAUAUAACCUGUCUUAUGAAUACACAGAUGCAUUGAGAGAAUCAUCUAAUAGCAUAUAUCUAUAUUUAUGUGGAUAUAUAACUCAAGCUUACAAAAAUAAAGUUUUAUCAACCUGAAAACCUAC